GUGCCACAUUUAUCACCAAAGCCACCUGGCUGGGGUUGUGGUUAUUGUUCUGCAUGAGAUGAGCCAACUCCAUUUCUACAAAUUCUAUUUACAGUUCAAACACCUCAGAAGAGUGUUCCGGCAUCGAUUUACAUUACCACCUUCUUCAGCUGGCUUCCUAGCCAACCUGUGUGGAGAUGAAGCAAACCUGAAUCCUCAAAACACUGCACAAGGUUCAACUUCCACUAGUAGCCAGCGUGCUACUAACAGCUCAGAAAUGCAGCGGGAUCCUGUUAUCCAGAAAUACGGAGAAGAAAAGCGAGGCCUGACUAGCUAUACUUUAACUUUGGAGGAGUUGAAGAAAAAUGAUUACCCCAUGAAAGGCUCCCCUGGGUAUGAGAGCUAUAUGUACACAGAGUGUGAUCAGCAGAGGACAGACAGCAGCCCCCUCUUUGGUCUUGAUUGUGAAAUGUGCCUGACAGCCAAAGGGAAUGAAGUCACUCGUGUCUCUUUAGUUGAUGCACAGGGUCGGUGCCUCUUGAACGAACUAGUCAAGCCUGAAAGCAGGAUAGUGAACUACCGCACCAGAUUCUCAGGAAUCACAAGGAAAAUGCUUCUUCCAGUGAAAACAAAACUGGCAGACAUCCAAACCAGGCUAAAACGACUGCUUCCACAUGAUGCAGUGUUGGUGGGUCAUUCUUUAAAUGCUGAUCUUCAAGCUUUGCAAAUGAUCCACCCCAGUGUUAUUGAUACUUCAUUGCUUUUUGCCAGAAAUGAAGGUCGAAGAUUUAAGCUAAAAUUUUUAGCCAAAGCUGUUUUAGGGAAAGAGAUCCAAUGUGAACAGAAGAUUGGACAUGAUCCUACAGAAGAUGCUAGAGCCUCAUUGGAAUUAGCUCAAUUCUUUAUUGAGCAGGGACCAGCCAAGGUAGCAGAGCUAAACUUGGAGGUGCUUCUGACAACGGAAAGACUGGCUGAGGUAUCACCAAAUAAAUCUGCGUUACAGCUGCAACAAAAUACAGUCCAGAGAGUGCAGAAUGGUCCUCCACAAUUAUCCAGAUCAUGUUUUUUAGACUGCUUGCAGCUGACUGGCCAGAAACCCCUCCUUUUGGGCAGACAGGAACCAGACUCUUCUGGCUUGUGUCAGGGUAACCUGAGCUCUUCAAACAAACAGAUUCUUCAGCAAGCCCUAAAAGAUGUUCCCCUGUCCACUUUCAGUAUCAUUCAGUUCAGUUUGGAUCCAGAGCAUGUUGCACCUCACCUUCUUGCUGGAAUUUCUGAAAAGGUGAGAAUCAAGCUGACUGACAUGCUGACAAUUUAUGCAGGUCCUUUUGAUGAAGGCUUUUGCCUGAAAACUGUGAAGAAGAAAUUUGGGAAGUGUGGGCCAAUCCGCUGUCUUACAGUAGUAACAGAAACCUAUCAGCCCUACGUCUGUAUCCAGUAUGAAGUGCUGGAGGCUGCCCAACUUGCUGUGGAAAGUCUGAAUGGAGCUGAGGUAGCUGGAUCCUGCAUUAAGGUUCAGAGACCUGUCACUGGAACAAUGCUGGACUGUGAUGUUCUUAUAAAGGAGCUAGAACUAGAUGUAGAAAAUGAAGGUGUGAUUUAUGUGGCGGGUCUAAAGAAGUCAUUAACAGAGACAGACUUGCAAGAAGAAUUCAGCCAACUGAAAGACCUACAAGCUUUGUUCCUGCCAAGGGAUCUCCAGAGUGGAAAGCACAGGAACUGCUGUUUCCUCAAAUUCCUGAAACCAGACAGUGCUGUGGAUGCCCUUGAAGUUAUAAAUGGAUGGGCACUGACGGGGAGUAGGCUAAGAAGCAGGAAGGCUCUUGCUCCAGGUCACCUCUGGAGAUGGAUUUGGCAAAUGGAUCACAGCAAUGAGAAGCAAAGAGGAGACAUCUUAAGCGUGGAAAAGGAGCAACAAUCAAAUUUUGAGCAGGAGCUAAGGAAAAAGCUGAAGAAGCUGGACCAGCACAUCCGGAAGCUUUAUCGAAGGCUGCAGAAUAACACCCUGUGUGUUGUUCUCUUUCCUGGGGUGAACAGCAUACAUGGAUCACAGUCUGGCCUUGGUCUGAUGGGAAUAAAAGAUGGAGAGAGGAGUGCCUGUUAAAUUGCCAAGUUUUAAGCAAAGUCUUUUGUUAAGAUAUUUUUAAUUACUUGAAAUAUUGAUGUCUUUGUAAAGGUCUCUUACCAUAAGAACAAUAGGCUUUCACUGCAUCUUUUAUAAAGUCUAAAAAUAAAAACUAUUCAAAACAUCUUAAA